CAGGAAAUUAAAGCAGGAGAAGGAAGAUUAGAAAAUUGGAAUGAAUUUUGUUCAUAUUAAAAUACCAAAUGAAUCCCAUGGUUUCCCACCCCAGUUUUCAAGAGGAAAAAUGCCAAAAAAAAACUAUGGGUCCAUUGGUACAAAUAAUGGGGAAAAAAUAAUAAAUUGGAAAUAGUAUUUCUUUCCUUUGUUGCACAAGAGAAAAAGAAAAAAGCAAUCUAAUUUUCAGUGAACAGAUAUAAAAUCGAAUAAAAUAUAUAUAAAAGAAAUCAAUAUCCAAGAAAGGGGAUGCUGCACCAGCUGACUCAAAUUCAUCAAAUUAGGUAAAAGAAGGCUCUAGUGACUAAUGAGGGCCGGCAGUCUUGUCGUUGGAAGGGAAGAUGAAUUCUCAGGACAAGUCAAGAUCAUGAAUUUGAUCUACCACCGUCAAACUGCCAGAAAUUUAACCCAAAGAGUUUGAUUAAAUUAAUAACACAAAGGGUAUUAA